AUGAAAUCAUUUAAGCUUCAUGAAAUAGUUAGUAAUGGUCGUCAAAAACUUGAACAAUGGCAAAAAGAUUGUCAUGAGAAGAUUGAUCAUUUCUUUGAGAAAAAAUAUCAAGAACUCGAUAGACUUGUUAGCAAGAAAUUAGAUCAACAACAAGAAAAAAUUCUUUAUGUACAAUCAAAAAUGAGCAAACUUGUUCGUGAACAAGAAGCAAUCCGAGAUGAUAUUGACACAUUGACAUCAAUUAUUCAUCAACUAGAAACAGAAAUUAAAAAAUUGAACAAACAUAUUUCAAGAUCAGCACUCGAUCGUUAG